CAAGUCCAUAGUCGAGUUCGAGUUUCAGAACAAAGUCGAUUAUUCCAUUAAUCGGAAGUCGACUUACCUAUCCCUAGCACAAAAUUUGUUUUUAAUUUGUUUUGUUUUUGCCGGUUUUGUUUGGUUUAUUUGCGAUGAAUACUAGAAAGAAAACCUGGGUCAAAUCCGUGUUCUCACAGCUUCCACCGGAGACGAAUAAUAACUCUGUAGCCAGCCCAAGCUUAGUCGAUAAACAAAAGCCCAAGAGAUCCUUACGAAGUAAAGCUAGACAUGACCACACGCAAGAUAUAACCGCAGUUGUGAAUUUGGAUAGUGAUGAAGAAGACAGCAAGCAGCAGCAAAUGGAAUCUAACGUAAUCCAAACCAAUGCUUGUAUAACUAACGAAAAUUGGAUAGAUUUGUAUGCUCCCAAGAAGAUUGAGGAAUUGGCUGUACAUCCAAAAAAGAUACAAGAAUUAGAACAAUGGUUGAGACACUGCGAAAUAAUGAAAAAGAAAAAACAACCAGUUCAGUUGUGUUUGUUGACUGGUCCCUCAGGUUGUGGGAAAACUGCAGCUGUACAGGUACUUGCCAAGGACAUGAAGUUUACCAUUCAGGAGUGGACAAAUCCUGUUGACCAGGAUAUGAUUUAUAAUUUGGGCGAUCAAGUAUUUGGAGAGUCGAAUUUUACAAGUUCCCAAGUUGAUGCUUUUAAAGCGUUUCUCUUUAAAGCCUCACGCUACAGGUCACUUUUUGAGAUUGCUGGAAAUGAUAGGCGUUUGUUACUCGUUGAAGAUUUUCCCAAUUUUUUAUUAAGGGAUCCCACUGCUCUUGAAGCCAUACUUGAUGAUUAUGUCAUCUAUGGUAGAGCGCCACUCAUUUUCAUUGUAACAGACACCAAAAGACGUGGUCUAAAUUUAAGCUACAAUAUAUUCAAUGAUCAACUGAAACAAAAAUUCCUUAUCAAUCACAUCAGCUUGAAUCCAGUGGCGGCAACGAUUAUGCAAAACGCCAUGAAAAGAUUUUGUAGUUUAAUGCGCCACCCUCCAUACAAUGAGUUGUAUCGUCCACCCUCAACCGAUUUAAUAGAUUCAAUUAUUUUGUCCGCCCAAGGAGAUAUACGAAAUGCCCUCAUUAACCUACAUUUUUCCUCGCUGAAAGGGGCACCACAAUUACAGACAAAACCAUUGGAGUGUUCACAAGAAUCGACACAGGACAACAGCAAGAAGACGUCAAGAAAACGAAAACAUCAAUCCACACUAAAGUCUGUGGGCAGAGAUGAAACGGUAACCAUGAUGCAUGCAUUGGGUAGGAUAUUUAAUCCAAAAUUUACAGAGUCCAAUGGUUUGCUACAUGCUCCUGCAGAUAUAGCACAAGCUUUUGUCACAGAACCCAAGAAAUUUGUCGAUUUUAUACAUGCAAAUUAUUUGCCCCAUUUUUCUGACAUUGAAACCGUGGUAGAUGCUGCCAAUGGUCUAAGCUUAUGUGAUUUAAUUUUGAAUGAAUAUCGUGAGGAUACCUUAGCAUUAAGUGGCCUCGAUUUGGGGGUACGUAAUGUAAUGCUGGCAAAUAGAAAUCCUGUUUCAGGAUGGAUGCCUGUUAAAGGACCAAAACGUCUAAACACAGAUAAUGCUAGUAUCAUUCCUGCAAAAGCCAGUACAUUUUUGCCACCACAUCAUAAUAUAUCCAAAAGUCAAUAUGCUAUAGAAUAUAAGACAUUUGUAAAUAUAGUAUCGGCAUCGAAUUGAAUACUAACUGUUUAAUAAAUGAAUAUAUAUUAAGAAAUUAAUUGUACAUCCAAAAUUUUAAAAAUAAAUUAUUGUUAUUCAGUUA